CCUGUGCUGACAUCACCUUUAGCGCCUGGAUACCCAGCAUGCUUUGCGUGGCAUGACGUGGGAAAGACGAGACAGCCGGUGUUGGCUUCACUUUUUCAUAUUCGGUCUCAUUUCCACCCGGUAACAUGACCAAUGAGGAAGAAUUUUCGCCGUCAGCACUGGGUACCAAGGCACACUGGGAUGCUGUUUAUAGUCGAGAGCUUCAGUCAUUUAAGGAAUACGGUGAUGAGGGUGAAAUAUGGUUCGGAGAAGGCAGUAUGGCAAGAGUUAUCCGAUGGCUAAAUGCACACAAAGUACCACAGACUGCUUCCAUACUUGACAUUGGAACAGGAAAUGGCAUGUUACUGGUGGAACUGGCAAAGUCUGGCUACUGCAAUCUCACUGGCAUAGAUUAUAGCAGUGAUGCUGUGGAACUAGCGAAAAGCAUAUGUGAAAAGGAGGGGGUCUCCCAAAAUGCACAGUUGCAGGUCACAGAUUUUCUUGAAGACUUCCAUCCAUCACAGCAGUUUGACGUUUGCUUGGAUAAAGGAACAUUUGACGCAGUGAGCUUAGAUCCGACAGGUGCAACAGAGAAGCGUGAGCAGUAUGUGCGGUCGCUAUGCCAGGCCCUAAAGGCGCAGGGGCUUUUUAUUAUAACUUCCUGCAACUGGACCAAGGAGGAACUACUUAGUCAGUUUGGGGAAGAGUUUGAAUUCAAGGAUGAGCUUCCAACACCCACAUUUAGUUUUGGAGGCAAGGCAGGUCACAGCGUUACUGCAUUGGUAUUACAGAGGAGAAACCACUCUUGAGAGACUUGGCAAAAACAGAAAAAUGUUUAUUUAUUCAUUUUUUAAUUAUAUGCAUUUAUGUAUUAAAUAUAUUUGAUUAUAAAAAGAAA